UUUGUUGAUUUCAGCGACCCUAAGGUCCACAGCAUCGUGGAAAGAGCUGUAAGGAGCAUUAUGGGCGAGCUGUCCAAUGAGCCCCGUAGCAACCUGCUCAGCCCAUCCCAGGUGGUUGUGGAGGUGGUGCCAAGGCUCCUCCUGGCCCUGUGGAUUCAGCCAAAGGAAGGCCAUUCAGGGCACCCAAUCCUAGUAAGCGGGAUGGCUGUGGGCAUGGUGGCGGCCGUAGUGGAGAAGCUCUCCAGCAUGUUAAAGGCCCCUUCCCCUCAAAUCCCUUUCUCCCGCGCUGCGGCUUUUGAAUCUGUGUGGUCAAUCCUCGGGAGAAUCAGUCAGUCCUUCUCCACGGAUGACCUCCAGAGCCCAUUUUAUGUGAGAUCUGUCUGUGCCUUUGUGGCUGACGAGGUCCAGAGCUGCUUCCAGCCCCCUGCAGCCACCUUACCAGUCCUCCCUGUCGUCGCCGCGGCCAUCUCCACCGCACCUCCAGACAUUCUAGCAGAGGCAGACCCGGCUUCUUCCCACCUGGAGGUUGUGAAUAUCAACGCUAACACAGAGGCAGACCAGGAUUCUUCCCACCUGGAGGUUGUGGACAUCACCCAUAACACACAGGCAGACACGGCAUCUUCCCACCUUGAGGUUGUGGACAUCACCCAUAACAUACAGGCAGACACGGCAUCUUCCCACCUUGAGGUUGUGGACAUCACCCAUAACAUACAGGCAGACACGGCAUCUUCCCACCUUGAGGUUGUGGACAUCACCCAUAACACACAGGCAGACACGGCAUCUUCCCACCUGGAGGUUGUGGACAUCACCCAUAACACACAGGCAGACACGGCAUCUUCCCACCUUGAGGUUGUGGACAUCACCCAUAACAUACAGGCAGACACGGCAUCUUCCCACCUUGAGGUUGUGGACAUCACCCAUAACAUACAGGCAGACACGGCAUCUUCCCACCUUGAGGUUGUGGACAUCACCCAUAACACACAGGCAGACACGGCAUCUUCCCACCUGGAGGUUGUGGACAUAACAUGUAAGACAGAGGAAGACCCGGCCUGUUCCCAUCUGGAAGUUGCGGACAUAGGCCCUAAAACAGAGGCAGACAGAGCUUGUUCCCACUUGGAGGCUGUGGAAAUCACCCCUAAGACAGAGGCAGACCCGGCUAAUUCACACCUGGAGGUUCAGGACAUCACCCCUAAGACACAGCAAGAUCCAGCUUCUUCCCACCUUGAGGUUGUGAACAUCAUCCGUAACAAAGAGGCAGAUCCGGCUUCUUUCCACCUGAAUGUUGUGGACAUCACCCCUAAGAGAGAGGCAGAGCCCAUCUCUUCCCUCUUGGAGGUUGUGGAUGUCACACCUGAAGAAAGGACUCUCAAGAUGUCCGUCUUCGCCACUCCGCCAACUGACAUCCAAGCAGAGGAUGUUGCUGUGGUCAUCCCAGAUGUCACCCCACACGUCACCAAGGAUGUGACACUGGAUGUUCCAUGCAGAGCUGCAUGCAAAGGGAAAGUCCGGCAAUUUUUUUUCAGGCUUUGGAGGGCAGUGUGCUGCUGCGCCUGCCACAAGGAAGAGGAGGAACAAUAUUAGUUAUUCAUCAGACCUUCAGAAAUGGGAUUGAACCAUAGACCAUUAAAUUAUUUGCAUUAUAAUAAUUGGAUUCAAUUCUGCUUUUCCUGUUUACUACUUAAUUUCAGAACAUUUCUAUAAACUUUCUCUUUGCAAGUGUGGAGUAGGUUGUGUAAAUAAGUGGGAAACAUCCAAAUUUUCAUUCUUUUAAUGAUUUACUUACUACAUGUAAAAAAAAGUAGUAUUUGAUAACAAAAAAAAUGAAGGGAGCUCAACCAACGUUGAGUUGAGGUGCAACCAAAACCUUUAAUCAUCAUAGAAAAUGAAAAGGCGCAACUCUUGCGCACUAUAAAAAAUGCAUUUUUUAUUCAAGCAAGGUUAAAAGAUGAACAUUUUGGCCCCGUCUAUGCGUCCACACGCUCCACAACACACUCGUCUGGUGAAAAGAGGUGAAAUGAAGGUAGUAGGAAAAGGGAAUUCCACAGUAACUAUGCUAAACAAAAAUGUAAACACAACAUGUGAAGUGUUGGUCCCAUGUUUCAUGAGCUGAAUUGAAAGAUCCCAGAAGUUUUCCAUACGCACAAAAAGCUUAUUUCUCUCAUGUUUUAUGCAGAAAUUUGUUAGCA